AUGGCAGGCCGCCCACAACCCGUCUCGCCCUGCUUGGACCCGACAGUCCCGCUCCUGCUCCCGCCCCCGCCACGUGCAAGCCCCUCCUGCUCCAGCAACGCUCGCCUCCGAGGACCACUUCCCCAGCCUCCUUCCGCCACGCGCCACCCGAGCCACAACCCCAACCACAGCGGCACCACCUGCCCCGCAACCUCGUGCGGACGCCAUCAAAUCCUCCACCUCAACGCCUGCCUCACAACCUCCUCCUGCCUCCACCUCGGGCCCCUCGCAGCGGCAACACCGGGCUCCCCCCCCGCCCCCCCCCCCCCGCCCAUGGCACAGGGCAAACACCGACGGCGCAACUGUCAGUCCCCGCUACGUCCGCAAGCUCCACCCCCAGGGUCAGUGCUCGUCACCAAGGACGCGCUGGAGGGCACACUAACAAGCUUUGCCUUGGCCCUCACCACUCUACUACAGCUGACGCCGGACAAGGCAGCGAUAGAGGUAAUUGCAAAGGCGACCGUUGCGAAGCACUUUCCGACAACUGCAAACACAGCUCCAACACCGGCGGCGCCUCAAGAAAUACGGAGCCCCGCCUCUCUUCCCGCCGAGCCCAUGCCGACCGUUACCCCCCUCCCUCACCAGGAGGCUGUGAUGGACACAGACGCGCCCGAGGCUCCCGCCACCCAGAGCUCACCACCGGGUCAGACAUCAGUCACCUUCGCCAUCGGCCGCUCCCCACCACGGUCGCACGUCCCGGUGCAAACAGUCCCGCCGCCCUCCCGCAUCACACAGCCCAAGCGGAGGGUGGAGCAGAGGCGCCGCGGCCCUGCGCCCACCCUCACGACUGCCCCUGUGUCCACCCCGGCGGCGUCCGCGAGGGGCGGCCGCUGA